AUGGCUUCAUUCACUUUUACAUGGCCUGCUGGCCCCAAUGAGGUAAUUGUCACCGGAACCUUUGAUAACUGGCAAAAAACCCUUCCAUUAGUCAAAAAGGCUGACCAAUCGUUUGAGUUGACCGUCCCAUUCCCCAAGGACACUCCCCCCGUUAGUUACAAGUACGUUGUAGAUGGCGAAUGGCUCGUGUUGGGAAGUGCAAAAAGCGAUGGAAAUGACCCUUCAAUCAGAAAUAACUAUUUCACAGCUGAAGACCUGGACGACAAUGUUUCUGUCGCCGGCGGCGCUAUUCCUGAAUCUGGUGGUCUUAAGACCACUGUGAUGCCUUCUGAAGAGGGAAUCCAGAAGACUUUAGGAGAACCUGGAAUAGUUGUUCCACAGAAUCCUGGAUCAAUUGCAGCAUUCAAGGAGGUUUCUACAGUUGACCCCAAGUCCUUGAACAAAGAGGAGCCUGCAUCUGCACCUGUCGCCAAUGACGUUGUUAUCCCUGAGGACCCUAGUGCCGUUGCUGCUUUCAAUGAAGUCUCCGACGUUGACCCCAAGACUUUGAACCAGGAAGAGCCAGUCACCAAUGGCAAGAAGGUUAAGAAGGUGAAGAAGCUAGUCAAGAAGAAGACCUCCGAAGACCUUAAACCUGACACUGAGCCUGAAGGAAAGGCUGCCACUGAGAUAAACCCUGACCGUCUCGUUCCAUCCGACGAAGUUGCUGGAGACAAGAUCAAAGACACUCCAGCUGAAGAUGUAGCUGCUGUGGACGCCAAAGUUCCUGAGGUUUCUGAGGAACCAGCCUCCAAAACUGCUCCAGAGACUACCACUCCAUCGAAGAAGGCUGCUGAAAAGCAGGACGACAAGAAGCAAAAGAAGAAGAAGGGAUUUGCUGCCAAGCUCAAGAAGAUUUUCUCCUGA